UUCAGCAGUGAGCGCGCGCACUGGUUUAUAAAGAAUUUCACGUGAGAACGCGACAAACCAUCACUCGCGUACACCGUAGCCUAAUUCUCCCCGCUCAUUGCGUCACAGAAGAGGUUACGGGAGGCACUUUUGUACCCUUUUCCAACGCUCAAACGCAUUCGACAACAUUACGAUGGUAGACUUUGGCAUUCUUCGUUUUUCUCUGCGCUUCUUCCCUACUUCAUGCCAAGGCGGUGAUUGCAGUGGAUGGGCAGAACGUGCCAUGCUUCGUUUCUAAUCCCGAAAGUGCCCGUCUACUCGGGAAUCUCGUGCUAAAAAGAUGUAAGGACCAAAACAGCAUCACCAGCCUUUUCCCUAAAACCAGCAUCUUCUUCACAAAAAUGCAGAAGGGAAUUCGACUUAAUGAUGGUCAUGUCACCUACCUGGGUCUUUUGGCAAAGAAAGAUGGUACGAGGCGAGGUUGCUUGAGCAAAAAGAGUUCUGACAACACAAAAUGGCACACGAAGUGGUUUGCUCUUUUGCAAAAUAUGCUUUUUUAUUUUGAGAGCGAGUCCAGUUCUCGACCCUCGGGAUUAUACCUGUUGGAAGGAUGUAUGUGUGACAGGUCGCCCUCACCCAAACCUUCACUGUCAGCGAAGGAGUGCUUAGAAAAACAGUAUUAUUUCACAGUCAGCUUCAACCACGAGAAUCAGAAAGCCCUUGAGCUUCGUACAGAAGACGUUAAGGACUGCGAUGAAUGGGUGGCAGCAAUAUCACAUGCCAGCUACAGAAACCUGGCUACCGAGCAUGAAACGCUCAUGCAGAAGUACCUCCAUCUACUCCAAAUUGUGGAGACCGAGAAAACAGUUGCUAAGCAACUUCGACAACAGAUAGAAGAUGGAGAGAUUGAGAUUGAACGUCUGAAAUCAGAGAUCGCUGCAAGGCUCAAAGACAUCGAGAAGAUCCAGUCGAAUCCCACCACUGCCCCCAGUGAUGAUGACUCUGAGAUCAAGAAAAUCAAGAAAGUUCAGAGCUUCCUGAGGGGCUGGAUGUGCCGGAGAAAAUGGAAGACCAUCAUUCAGGACUACAUCCGUUCUCCACACGCAGAGAGCAUGAGGAAGAGGAACCAAGUCGUCUUCAGCAUGCUGGAGGCUGAAGCCGAAUACGUCCAACAGCUUCAUAUCCUCGUCAACAACUUCUUGAGACCUCUUCGCAUGGCUGCCAGUUCCAAGAAACCACCCAUAACCCAUGAUGAUGUCAGCAGCAUAUUCCUGAACAGCGAAACCAUAAUGUUUCUACAUCAGAUAUUCUACCAAGGGUUGAAAGCUCGAAUAGCAAGCUGGCCAACAUUAGUUUUGGCUGACCUCUUUGACAUCCUGCUGCCCAUGCUGAACAUCUACCAGGAGUUUGUGCGUAACCACCAGUACAGUCUGCAGAUCUUGGCCCACUGCAAGCAGAACCGCGACUUCGACAAGCUGCUGAAACAGUACGAAGCCAAACCUGACUGUGAGGAACGCACCCUGGAGACCUUCCUCACCUACCCUAUGUUCCAGAUUCCUCGCUACAUACUGACCCUCCACGAGCUGUUAGCACAUACACCACACGAGCAUGUGGAGAGAAACAGCUUGGAUUACGCCAAGUCAAAACUGGAAGAGCUUUCUAGAAUCAUGCACGAUGAGGUGAGCGAGACGGAGAACAUCAGAAAAAACCUCGCCAUCGAGCGCAUGAUCGUAGAGGGCUGUGAGAUUCUCCUAGACACCAGCCAGACCUUUGUCAGACAAGGAUCUUUGAUUCAGGUGCCCAUGAGUGAGAAGGGCAAGAUCACACGUGGUCGGCUGGGCUCUUUGUCUCUGAAGAAGGAGGGUGAAAGGCAGUGUUUCCUGUUCUCCAAACAUCUGAUCAUCUGCACUAGAGGGUCUGGGGGAAAACUACACCUUACUAAGAACGGUGUGGUGUCACUCAUCGAUUGCACACUGAUAGAGGAGCCUGAGGGUACCGACGAUGAGUCCAAGUCAGACAAGAGCGGCCAGGACAUGGAGCACCUGGACUUUAAGAUUGUGGUGGAGCCCAAAGACAACCAGUCCUUCACGUUCAUCCUGGUGGCCUCCUCACGGCAAGAGAAGUCAGCAUGGACCAGUGACAUCAGCCAGUGCAUAGAUAAUAUUCGUUGUAAUGGACUGAUGAUGAACGCCUUUGAGGAGAAUUCUAAAGUCACUGUGCCCCAGAUGAUCAAGUCCGAUGCCAGUCUGUACUGUGACGACGUGGACAUCCGCUUCAGUAAGAUGAUGAACUCGUGCAAGGUGUUGCAGAUCCGCUAUGCCAGCGUGGAGCGUCUGCUGGAGAGGCUGACCGACCUGCGUUUCCUCUCCAUCGACUUCCUCAACACCUUUCUGCACUCCUACCGAGUCUUUACAAGCGCGGACAUCGUCCUGGACAAACUCAUCACCAUUUACAAGAAGCCCAUCAGUGCCAUACCAGCCAGGUCCCUGGAGCUGUUUUUCGCCAGCAGUCAGAACAACAAGCUUCUAUACGGAGAGCCUCCGAAGUCUCCUCGCGCCAGCCGCAAGUUUUCCUCCCCGCCUCCAUUGGCCAUCACAAAGACAUCGUCUCCCAACCGGCGCCGAAAACUCUCCCUCAACAUUCCCAUCAUCACUGGAGGAAAAGCUUUGGAUUUGGCCGCCCUCAGCUGUUCCUCCAAUGGCUAUGCAAGCAUGUACUCCUCCAUGUCACCUUUCAGUAAGACCACACUGGAUAUCAACAAGCUCUACGUGUCCAGUCCUAUCUCCAGUAAGAUUCCAGAUGAAGGCGAGAGCAAGACGGACAAAACCGAUGAGCCGUCGCUGUGCAAACAGGAUAUUUCGGUGAGAGAGCAAAGCGAUAACGACCAGAUCCAGAGUGACGAGGCCGAGGCUGAAGUGUCACCCACCAAGUCGCCCACGACUCCCAAAAACGUAAAAUGCAAAAACUCCUCAGAAUUCUCUCUGUUCUCUUACAAUAAUGGCAUGGUGAUGUCGUCCUGCCGGGAGCUGGAUAACAACCGUAGCGCCUUGUCUGCUGCUUCUGCCUUUGCCAUAGCCACUGCUGGUGCCAACGAGGGCACGCCAACCAAGGAGAAGUACCGCCGCAUGUCUCUGGCAAGCACAGGGUUCCCCACAGAUCAGAGGAACGGAGAUAAGGAGUUUGUGAUUCGUCGAGCAGCAACUAACCGAGUUCUCAACGUCCUCCGACACUGGGUGUCCAAACACUCGCAGGACUUCGAAACCAACACUGAGCUAAAAAUGAAGGUGAUAAGUUUCCUGGAGGAGGUGAUGCAUGACCCUGAACUACUGACCCAGGAGAGGAAAGCUGCAGCCAACAUCAUAAGAACACUGACGCAGGAGGAUCCUGGUGAUAAUCAGAUCAGUCUGGAGGAAGUGCUGCAGAUGGUGGAGGGAGGAAAGCCUGAACCUUUCGAGAAUCAUUCGGCUCUGGAAAUUGCAGAGCAUCUCACCCUGUUGGACCAUCUUGUUUUCAAAGUCAUACCAUAUGAGGAGUUCUUCGGUCAAGGAUGGAUGAAGAACGACAAGAAUGAGAAGACUCCUUACAUCAUGAAAAUUACAAAACACUUCAAUGAUAUUAGUAACCUGAUCGCCACAGAGAUCCUGCGCAGUGAUGAUGUAAUUAUACGGAUGGCAAUAAUAGAGAAGUGGGUGGCUGUGGCUGACAUCUGCCGCUGUCUCCAUAACUACAAUGCCGUGCUUGAAAUCACAUCGUCCCUCAAUCGCAGCUCUGUUUUCCGGCUGAAGAAGACCUGGCUCAAAGUUUCCAAACAGACCAAAACUGUCAUUGACAAACUCCAGAAGUUGGUCUCAUCCGAAGGAAGGUUUAAGAACCUCAGAGAGGCCUUGAAAAAUUGUGACCCUCCCUGCGUGCCAUAUCUGGGAAUGUACCUUACUGACUUGGCCUUUAUUGAAGAGGGGACCCCCAACUACACAGAAGAUAACCUGGUCAAUUUUUCCAAGAUGAGAAUGAUCUCCCAUAUCAUCAGAGAAAUCAGACAAUUUCAGCAAACAGCAUACAAGAUUGAUUACCAGCCAAAGGCAGCGCUGUAUUUACUGGACAGAAGCUCAGUGAUGGAUGAAGAAGGCCUGUAUGAAGCCUCGCUCCGAAUCGAGCCUAAAGUGCCCAACUGAAAGAAAUGCUCUGCCUGAGGUCUACACACUGUACAGACACCACGCUCUCUACACAUCCGUGUGUUACCUUCCCUAUUACAUCAUUAUUACUCCUGGAAUAAUGUGUUUCCUUGUUCUUAGUCGUUGCCUAAUUGUUUCAGAUCUUUCACUGUUGCUUUCAAACCUUCGUUGUGUAGGGAAUCAUGUUUUUUCUCAUUGCAACAAUUCUCUUAGUCGUCGCAGUUAGGAAGAGUUAUGUUCAGAACAGGAUCUAAUCAGACAGCUGUUUUUAUUUUAGUCGGUCUUCUCUGUAAUCGUUUCCUGGGGUAAUCGUUUUCAGGUUUAUCCAUAUCACCUCCUUUAUGAAAUAUUAAAAGCCGGCAGGAGCAUUUUGAAAUUUUAAUAGAUGCAUGUAACUACUUUGCAGUAUAUGCAUACCAUGUAGCAGUGUGGAAAGCAGAUAUAUUACCGUAUACAAUCAAGCGUAUAGAAACA